ACUACUGCGUCUCACACUUAGUCUCCAGGAGUAAUUGAAAAGCUCACGGUGACAAUUGUCUCUUCUUCCAGAUGUCAUCAGUAUAAGGAGCACGGAUCUCAUCACACCUCCUUGAUGUAGGUUGUGCGCAUGGCUCUCCGCGUCAGGGUUGCUCCAAGCAAGGUUGUUCUACAGAACCUUAUUACAUGCCUCAUCCUGUUCUACUCUGUGUACUAUGUGUCUCUGAGCAUGUGCUGCCUGACACUACAGGUGUAUGAAUUGGAUGUCCUGGCACCAUUUGAUUUCAAAACAAAUCCUUCAUGGCUCAACACAAAUUAUAAAGUUCUUUUAUUCUCAACUGAGGUCACCUACUUUGUUUGUGGAUUGCUUUUUGCUCUGGUUGUGGAAGAGUGGGUUUGGGAUUAUGCUAUUUCAGUAACUAUUCUUCAUGUUGCUAUCACUUCAACUGUCAUGUUGGAAUUCCCCUUAACAUCACAUUGGUGGGCUGCUUUAGGUAUGUUGGAAUUAUUCUAGUUUAGAUUCUUUAAUCUACAAUGUUAACUGGAGUAAAUUUAAGAAAUAGAUUUUAUUAAUUAGACAUAGAUUU